AUGUCCGACAAUAUGGUAGCCCCCGCGCCUACUUCAAGCGCUUUUCUCAACGAUCAGAAGGUCCCCGGUGGUCUCGAGCACUUCCACAACCUCGGUCCUAUCCAACGCCAAAACCUAGUAAAGAGCAAUAAAAUCCAAUUUGAGGACCACCUCGGCAGCGUCAUAGAGUCCGGAAACAACCUCACUGAGUUGCCAAUCGCCCUCUUCGAGGCUGUAUCAGAGAAGCACGAACUGGUUAUUGAUGGCAAGAUUGUAGUCCAGGAGGGCAUUCAAUCGAAGCUUACUCGCACUACCGACCGCGCCAAAGAUCCAUCAGUUCCAGAGGACCUGCAUUUCUGCUGUGCCGCAGACGCAUUAGGUAUUGGCUCCUUCACCCAAUGCAUCUUCAACCACUUCUUCCAGCGCAUCAACACCAAAGUCCCUCCAACACCCGUCAUCAACAUCACCACCGCCUACAACUAUUGGGUCUCUCGCGCUCUCCAUGCAUAUACGACCAGAUAUUUGCACAAUCUAGGGGCCGCUGAGGGCAGGACACGGGUCUUGCGCGAAACGAUGCUCGCCAUUUGCGCCGGAAGCAGCUCCGAAGAUGUUCAGGGAGCCCUCAAGCGCGUUCAAGAUGUCGACAAGGAAACUGCGUUGAACGCUCCUAUCUCCAUCGCUGUUCGAUCCGGUCGUGUAGCCGCUGUACAAGGAUGCAUCCAGGCAGGCGCCAGCGUCGACCUCGCUGUGCGUUCCAACAUUCCAUCACCUCGGAAUGACAACACCACACUCCUUGACGUGGCCAUGAAUUGGAACGAUGACCGCGUUGCAGACAUUCUUAUCAAGGCCAGCGCAACAAUUUCACACAUAUCGCAGUGGCCAACAACUAGGCGUGUGUACGACGUGUUGCACAAGGCUGCCUCGCAACGCACUAGCGUCAAGCUGCCUGGCCUGAGGAACUUCAAACAUAUGAGCCUGGCAGAUCGCAAGGACACACAGUAUUAG